AAGCGGACGACACUACGUUCCAACUGAACCCAUCUAUGAUUCCACAUUUUGAAGUGCAGCAAAAGGUGGACUGUUAUUUUUCCGUGUUUAUGGGAGCAACAUUAUUGUGAAGAUGAAGUGUAUUUUUCUAUUGGCCCUCUGGGUGUGUCGGCUCAGUGUGUGCUACUCACAGGCGAGCUGUCCUUCAGCUGUGGAGUUGCAGACCGCUCUUCGCCAGGUCCACAAGCUCCUCACGGCCCACGAGACCUCCUACAUCCAGAGCCUCAGAAACCUGCGCAAGAAGCUGAACCUACUGAAGACCAACAGCACUAAAGCCAAUGCCAGGAGCGGCAGCAGCAGCAGUAGUGCCUCGUGUCCUGUUCCUGAGCCGCCGGAGAAUGGGCGGAGACUGGGUGGGGUCUUGUCGGUGGGCCAUCAGAUCCACUUCCUGUGUCAACCCGGGUACGAGCUGGUCGGCAUGGAGACCAGAGUAUGUCAAGAGACACUGCAGUGGAGCGGGGAGCAGCCCGUUUGCAGAUCGAUUGGUCAGUCCGAUAGCUCGGUGAUGUCCCCCACCACCGCGCCCCCCCUCCUGCCACCUGCCCCCUCCUCCCCCUCUGAGUUCGUCAGGGCGUCUCGCUGCAUUCACCUGCAGGGUGCCACCCACUGCACCUGUGAGGGAGGGUUCGCGCUCACGGGGGCGGACAACAGCAUUUGCACAGACAUCGAUGAGUGUGAGCUGUAUCGCAGGACCCAGUCGGUGCGUCUGUGUAUGCACAACUGUGUCAACACGGCCGGCAGCUAUCUCUGCUCCUGUCCUGUCGGCUACACACUCGGACGAGACGGACACAGCUGCCAAGACAUUAAUGAGUGUGAGACGGGAGCCCAGCAGUGUGGCCAGGGGAAGGUGUGUGUCAACACACACGGAGGGUACGAGUGUGUGGAGGGGAAAUGCCCCGCGUUCCGGAAUGCCACCUACGUCAGGACCUCGCCGUUGCGCUGUGAGCGUAACCCGUGUAUGGAGUGGGAUCGCGCCUGUCUUCAGGCCCCCAACUCCGUGUCCUUCCACUACAUGGCUGUGGUAUCCAACAUGUCCGCCCCUCGCGUCCUCUUCCGCGUCUCGGCCGCUCGUCUCCUUGGCGACACGCUACGCUUCGGGCUGCUAGGCAACCGCGGCCAGCGCUUCUUCUCCGUGCAGCGCUCCAGCCAGACCACAGGGCAGUUGGUGCUGGUGGCGCCCCCCACUGGCCCAGCCACGCUGCACGCGGAGGUGGAGAUGAGCGAACUGGAGAAACGCAAGCUGCUGGGCCGCUAUGUCACCAAGGUUACGCUGUUUGUGUCGCCAUACACAUUCUAGAACUUUGCAACAUUCUAGAACUUAACAGUGUUUUUUGCCAUUCUAGUGGUCACCAAUCAACCCUCUUUUAACAGUAGCACCACACACCUUCUGGAGCAGAGGUGGGCAAGCUCAGGCCCGGGGGCCACAUGUGGCCUGCUGUGCAAUCUUGUUUGGCUCGCAGAUCUUUCACAAGAACUGCAACUUUUAAAUACAAAGCGAUACGGUCACCCAAUAUGCUUAAAAUGGUUACACAAGACAGGACUGAGAUUAACCCAGCCUGAGAUUAACCAAAUCCAAGCAGUAGGAUACUGCAUUCCUCUAAAUACAUGUUAUUACAAUGCGAAGGAAAGAAAUAGUCAAAAACAUACUGUAUGUCAGCGCAUACUAUUUCUUAUUAUAGAGACAGGCAAAAGCCUGCGACAUCUGGCCCGUCAGUAAAUAUUAUAAACCAAAUGUGGUCCUUGGGACAAAAUAACUGCCUACCCCUGUUCUAGAGG